AUGCUUCAUCUUUGGAGUCUACUCUCCUUGGUUGGCGCCAUUAAAGUUGUUUCGGGCUCUGAAGGAGACCGAUUAUAUGAAUUCGAAGCCUGCAAAGACCACUGUCAGGCGAGCUUGGCAUGUUUCGGUUUCGAAAAUGUUGGGUUGGAAAGUGCAGAUUGGAAAAAUCAUGGAAACUUCCAACAAGCUUCUCCCAUUAUGAACCAUUUGCUUCUCUGGGACUGUGAAUCGAACUGCGACUAUCAAUGCCAGCAACUCAUUACCCAAGAGAGGGUUCUUGACGGCGACACGGUCGUGCAGUUUCACGGAAAAUGGCCCUUCAAACGCAUUUUGGGCAUGCAAGAGUUUUUCUCUACAGUGUUCAGCGUAGCUAAUUUUGUUCCUCACUACCGCGGUUACAAGAUGCUCCGGAAAGAGCUCAAUGCCGUGCCGAAACACAAGAAGUCCCGUCGGCUGCUACAAAAGUACGUCUAUGUAGCCUUGGCAGGCAUGCUGGCGUGGUUUUCAAGCUCGGUAUUCCAUUUCCGUGACUUGGAAGUGACAGAGAAACUUGACUAUUUCUUCGCAGGCGCCACCGUGCUGAGCGGUUUCCAUGCCAUCCUAAUACGCAUUGCGCGACUCGACAAGCAAGACGAGUACCGGCACUUGGUCUCAGGCGCCGUCUUGUUGAUCUUCACACUGCACAUCCUGCGGCAAUGUCUAGACUGGUCUUACACCUACAACAUGCGUUUCAAUGUUUUAUUUGGAGUAUUUCAGUACAUCUUAUUGCUGAUAUUGGCAUACAUGAACUACAGGCGACUAAUGGCGGGCCGACAGCCGCGAAAGACCUACAACGUUCCCCGCAGAUCGAUGUUUGUCCAGCUGUGCGUUGUCCCCACGGGACUAGUAAUUUGUACGGCGUUGGCCAUGUCCUGCGAACUCUACGACUUUUUCAAUUACGACUGGCAAAUCGACUCCCAUGCCAUCUGGCACGCCUGUACAGUGCUACCGUCCUGGAAGCUUUACGAGUUUUUUAUUCAAGAUUUUCGCUACUUUGACGCUUGUGAUGCUGCGACAGUCGACUGA